AUGGAUGGGAGUCUCCAGGGUCUUGAAGCCGUAUCAAGACAAAAACAGUGGGGGCUGAGAGAUGAUUUGAGACAUGCUGAUUUCAGGCUUUAUAAAGCAAAAGCAGCUUUAAUUUGUCCGUGUUCAUCUUCUUCAGGUGUGUUUGGUGCUGAAACUAAUGAAACACAGUCAGUGUCAGUGACGGAGGGAGAUUCUGUUACUCUAAACACUGAUGUUACUGAAAUACAUGAAAACGAGGACAUACUGUGGACUUUUGGAACUGAAACGUCUCUCAUAGCUAGAAUAAAAAAAAACAAACAAAGCUCCCCCAUAUAUCCUGAUACUGAUGAGAGAUUCAGAGACAGACUGAAGCUGGACGAUCAAACUGGAUCUCUGACCAUCACAAACAUCACAACUGAACACGCUGGAGAUUAUAAACUAGAGAUAAGUGGAGCAAGAUCAUCAAAAAAAACAUUGAGUGUUUCCGUCUAUACUCAGUUAUCUGUUCCUGUCAUCAGCAGAAACUCUUCACAAUGCUCUUCAUCAUCCUCCUCCUCAUCCUCAGAGCAGAAUUGUUCAUUGGUGUGUUCAGUGGUGAAUGUGGGUCAUGUGACUCUCUCCUGGUACAAAGGAAACAGUUUAUUGUCCAGCAUCAGUGUGUCUGAUCUCAGCAUCAGUCUCUCUCUACCUCUGGAGGUGGAAUAUCAGGAUAAAAACAGCUACAGCUGUGUGCUCAACAAUCCCAUCAGCAACCAGACUCAACAUCUGGACAUCACUCAACUCUGUCACACAUGUUCAGAUCAAGGUCUAUCUUUAUUCUACAUCGUGCUGAUCUCUGCUGGAUCUCUGUUGAUUGUCGCUGCAGUCGUGAUCUUCUGCUUCUGCAGGAAACACAGAAAAACUGACAGAGAAGGCAAGUGUUACCUACUGCUGUUAAACGAGACAAAUGAAAAAAUGCACUCUAAAUAG